AUGAAAAGGUCCGUUUUUACACGCAUUGUAGUUUUUGAUCCUGUUACAGCUGUUGUUCUUCUGGCAUUAUCUGGUGUUGUUGGUCUUACGCUCUUGGUACUGGGUUGUGCUUUGCCGAUGUUUGGCACUUGGUGGCCAUUAUUCGUGGUUGUCUUCUACGUCUUAUCGCCGCUGCCUUUAUCUAUAGCGCGUCGACUUCAAGAUGAUGUCUCUGGUACUUCAGCAUGCAUUGAAUUUUCACUGUUUAUCACUACUGGUAUCAUUGUGUCUGCGUUUGCAUUACCCGUGGUUCUCGCGCAUGCCGGCGUGAUCAAGUGGUUGGCUUGUUUAUGCGCAAACCUUGGUUCCAUCGUCAUGUUCCUGACGAUUCUUAGUUACUUUUAUUUACAUGGUGACGAUGAUGGAAGUAUGUGGAAUCAACCUCUUUAUUGA